ACAUACGUCAAAAUAAAUAUUUUUCCGAGUUCGUGUCAGUCAUUACCAUAUACACAUUUCACAAAGAUCAGAAUGACUGAGAAAUUAAAAAAUUCCGGCCAAAUAGAUGACUUAGUGAAAUACGUGACAUUACAUCUACCGAACCCGAUUAUCCUCAAUGGCACAAUUUUUCCAUUUUUGAUUUUUUAUGCGGGCUGGUUGUAUUGGUUUUUUAUCAAACCCAAAACCGAUGAGGAAUACGAGGCCACUUAUGAUGCACUGUUGAUUGCUUUGGUGGUUAUCGCCUGCGUUCAGAUUCUAACAUGUCUGUGCUGCUUCUGGAGCGUUCAUUGUCAAACAUUUUUGAAUUGUCGGAAGCUAAAACCACAGAUCCCACACCGUGGCGUAAUAGCGAAGGUAUGUCCGACCAAAAACAAUGGUUCCGCCGAACUGGUCACUAUCAAGGAGACGAUACAUGCAGACAAAACCGAACCAAUGUUGUGGUUCAUGUUUCAAAAACUGAAAUAUGUGUGGGACCCAGAAAAAUCGCAGUUCCGAGGCAUUGAUUUUCCUAUACACGAGACGUACGCACAGUAUGUAAAAUGGAAAGGGCAUCAAAAUGACAGCGAUAUCCUUGUAGCUGAGAAAACUUAUGGGAAAAAUUUGAUGGAAAUGGUCGUGCCAGAAUUUUUAGAACUCUUCACUGAACGUGCUACGGCUCCCUUCUUUGUCUUUCAAAUUUUCUCCGUUGGAUUGUGGUGUUUGGAUGAAUAUUGGUAUUACUCGCUGUUCACCUUAUGCAUGCUCAUCAUUUUCGAAUGCACAUUGGUUCAGCAACAAUUGCGCAACAUGUCGGAGAUUAGGAAAAUGGGCAAUAAACCCUAUCCGAUAAACGUAUACCGAAAUAACAAGUGGCGACCAACACAGUCUGACGAAUUGGUACCUGGUGAUUUAGUUUCCAUUUCGCGCUCGAAAAAUGACAUUUUCGUGCCAUGCGACGUAUUACUGCUGCGUGGAGCUUGCAUAGUUGACGAAAGUAUGUUAACUGGUGAAUCGGUGCCACAAUUGAAAGAAUCACUGGAAAAUGUUGACGAUCACAAUCAGGAACUUGACCCCGAAGGUGAUGGGAAAUUAUUCGUUUUGUUCGGUGGCACAAAAGUCGUUCAACACACUGCGCCCAGCAAAAGUGCCAUGAGAGCUCCGGAUGAUGGAUGCAUUUGUUACGUUCUCCGAACAGGAUUCAAUACGUCGCAGGGUAAACUUCUACGAACGAUUCUUUUCGGUGUGAAACGGGUCACAGAAAAUAACUUGGAAACGUUCGCCUUCAUUCUGUUCCUUCUUGUGUUCGCCGUUGCUGCUGCCAGCUAUGUAUGGAUCAAAGGUACGGAGGAUUUGGAACGAAGCCGCUACAAAUUGUUUUUGGAAUGCACCCUGAUUCUCACUUCAAUCAUUCCGCCUGAUCUACCAAUUGAACUGUCGUUAGCGGUAAAUACGUCGUUGCUGCAAUUAUCAAAAUUGUACGUGUAUUGUACAGAGCCCUUCAGAAUUCCGAUGGCUGGAAAAGUGCAAAUUUGUUGCUUCGAUAAAACAGGUACAUUAACCAGUGAUGAUUUGAUGGUCGAAGGAGUUGCUGGAUUGAAAAGUGAUUCGGAAAUAACGAGCAUAGCUGAUUUGCCUGAAAGCACCGUACAAGUUUUAGCCUCAUGCCAUUCUCUGGCUAUGCUGGACGAUGGUUUGGUGGGAGAUCCGUUGGAAAAGGCGACGUUGACGGCAGUUGAUUGGAACUUAACGAAACAAGACAGUAUUAUACCAAAGAAGGGAAAAUUCAAAUCGAUGAAGAUCUACCAACGAUACCAUUUUUCAUCUGCACUUAAAAGAAUGUCCGUGCUAUCUGGCUACUUGGUGCCAUUCUCGAACGACGUUCACUAUAUUGGCACUGUGAAAGGAGCUCCCGAAACUAUAAUCAAAAUGCUGAAGGUCGUACCCAGCAAUUACGAAAAAACUUAUUUGGAAUAUUCUCGUCGCGGUGCCCGUGUGCUAGCCUUAGCCAUCAAAGACUUCGGUCAAAUUGAUUCGCAAGCUGUGCGAGAAAUCAAACGCGAGGAUGUGGAAAGUGAUUUAACAUUCGCUGGCUUUGUAAUUAUUUCGUGUCCGUUGAAGGUUGAUUCAAAGUCAGCUAUCAAAGAGAUUGUAAAAGCGUCGCACAAGGUUGUCAUGAUAACCGGCGAUAAUCCGUUAACCGCUUGUUAUGUGGCAAAAGAACUUCGAUUUACUCGUAAAACUGUCAUUGUCUUAACGCAAGAUGAGGAUGUUAGUGGAAAGGAGCAUUGGAUGUGGCAAUCGAUUAACCACGAUGUUAUCGUAGGCAUUGACAAACCGUACAAAGAACUGAUCAAGGAGUAUGACUUAGCCAUAACCGGAGAAGGACUAAUGUUCUUAAAUGAGCACAAGCAUUCGUAUUUGAAGAAAAUCAUUCCAUACAUCAGCGUGUACGCUCGAUUCGCUCCGAAGCAAAAGGAGUUCGUCAUCACAACGCUCAAAUCGUUAGGAUAUUUUACGCUAAUGUGCGGUGAUGGAACCAAUGAUGUUGGAGCGUUAAAACAUGCUCACGUCGGAGUGUCUAUUCUAAGUAACACCAUAACAAAGAAGAAGAAAACAGCCACCGAUACAGCUACAUCUGGUCAAGCGGAUACAAAAUCCAUUGCCACUGGACCCCCAUUCCGACGUGAGAACAGAGCGCAAGAAAGAGCUUUAACACCACGUGAACGAGCGAUUGCCAAGCAUCGCGAAAACCUGACCAACACACAGGAAAUGUUACAGAAGGCUUUGAAAGAUAUUGACGAAGAACAGAAUCAAAUAGUGAAAUUGGGCGAUGCGAGUAUUGCGGCUCCAUUCACAUCAAGAAUGUCAUCGAUUAACAGCGUAUGCCAUAUCAUCAAGCAGGGAAGAUGUACCCUAGUCACGACUCUUCAAAUGUUCAAAAUAUUAGCGUUAAACGCUCUCAUAUCGGCUUACUGUCAGUCUGUACUGUACGUGGAUGGUGUUAAGUUCAGCGAUACACAAGCUACCCUACAGGGACUCUUCAUAGCAGCGUGUUUCUUAUUCAUCAUUCGAUCGAAGCCGCUCAAAGUUCUAUCGAAGGAAGCUCCUCUGCCAAACAUUUUCAACAUGUACACACUGUCCACGAUUCUGUUACAAUUUGCUGUACAUUUUGUGUCGCUCAUUUAUCUCACACAAGAGGCAACCGCGCUGAGUCCUCCACGCACAGAAAAAGUUAAAUUGAACGUGGACUUGGAACCUGGCCAGAAGGAAGAAUUUGUGCCGAACAUUGUCAACAGCACCGUCUACAUAAUUUGUCUAGCACUGCAAGUGUCCACAUUCGCUGUGAAUCACAAAGGACAUCCGUUCAUGGAAAAUUUGCGGGAAAACAAACUGUUAAUGUAUGCGAUUGCAGCUUCGAGCUCGGUGGUUGUGCUGCUGUCGACUGGUCUGUCCAGUGACCUGUGUGCAACGUUUGAAAUUAUAGACUUUCCGGAAGAUUUCAAGAAAACCUUAAUAUGCGUACUGAUAGCUGACACAGUCUUAGCCUACGCUGUGGAUCGACUAUGUUCACUUAUAUUCAAUUCGAUUCGACGGAAAUCGGAAUUGCUAAAUUACUAACUCAAUGCGGACAUGCAUAACAUUUGGACCCGGGGCAAUAGGAAGGAAGCACCAAUUUCAUUCGAUAGAUUUGAAUAGCAAAAUUAAAAUGGAACUGAGUUGUGUUUUGUAAUAAAUUAAAAAUUGAUGUGUCAGUGUUCCGAUUAUAUAAACAAAGAUUUUGAUUUGGAUGUUGUUUUGCUGACAUUUUCAGGAUGCAGCAUUUCGAAGUAUUUGUACUUUGUGUUUCACUUAAAAUUGUUUCGUUAAAAUCUUAAAAAUCCUUAGGUGUGUUCUAUCUCCCAUAUUCCAUAGUACACCAUUUGCAUUUUCACGUUAAAUUUAUAAUUGUAAAAGAAUGACUGUUGCAGUUUUGAAUGUACAAGUGAGCGAAAUAAAAUAAAUUUAAUUUAUAAGUGGAAA